ACUUAAAAAUUAUUAUGGGAUUGUUGGACAAGUUUCACACAACUCCAGUAAAAUAUAAUGAUAAAAAUGAUAGUAAUACUAUAUUAUCAUCGUUGUUGUGAUGAGUUUGAAACUUUAGAGAGAAGUUUUGACCACUAGGGUGCCUAUGACUCUUUUUCAGUCCUUGACCAACAAAUUGUCUGGGUAGAUGUUUUCAACCAAAUUGUACGUGUCCUCAUUUGUGAGUUAGACGUACUCGUAGAGAAACGUCUGAUUCUUCAAUCCUGUAUAAGGACCAGGAAGUGCCAGGGGGAGGAGGAGGGGGCUGCCGGAUUUGUAUGGCUUCUGAUAGGUCGAAGCUGGUCUAACCUGAUCUGACUAGACUGCUCGUCAAAAUCAAGCAAUAUAGUGCAGUCUAUUGUCAAGUUGUUUGGAGCCCCAUAUAUCUCCGUGACAUGCUGUUGGAUUCACGUGACACUUUUCAUUUUCGUUGCGGAGACAAAACGGAGAUCAAAUUUACUUUAUUUAUGAAGGACCUAAUUCCUUGUGAGGUCGUUUUCUUCCAACCAGGAAAAGAAACGUCUUAGACUCUUGCAACAAGCAAUCAAUGUCAAUCAAUCAAUCAAUCUGAUUCAAUCAAGCAAGCAUUGAAGGAGAACUUGAAGCCAUCAAGCAAGCAAGCCGACAAAGGCGAGAUCAUCAAUCAAUCAAUGAUUAUUUGAACUUGUGUCGCAUACACACUUUCAUCUAUUAAAAAAAUACAUAUUUCAGCGAUGAGGUCACCAAAGCUAGCCGGCGCCUCACGAGCUUUAGCGAGCCGGCUUGGGAGGAAUAGAAGUCUCGACGAUCCAAAAUGCCUGGAAGAGAAUCUGGAGUUGGUAGAACAAUGGCUCUGCAUUCCGGCCACUCUUCUCUUCACAGAUGAUGAAGACGCAUUGACUGAAAGGCUUCCCGGAAAGGAGAAAUGUACAGAUCCUGACUUCCCUCCUGCUGCCAGCUCUUUAUACAGGGAAGGUAUCUCAACUUCUCACAAGCUCCCUGCCAAUAUCUCUUGGGAGAGGAUGUCUGGGUCCCUCUACAAAGGCAGCCCUCAAUUGGGUGGUGGUAUAAUCAAGAGCAUGCUGGAUAAUACAUGGUUUCUUGGUGCACUGGCCAUGGUUGCUUCCAAUGAAAGUCUUCUGCUUGACCUGCUCGUCAGCGAUGACAAGAGGCAUGACGGGCUGUACACUGUGCAGUUCUACAAGCAUGGGGAAUGGCGAAAGGUUGUCGUUGACGACCACGUCCCAUGCUUACCAUCCACAACCAAACCAAUUUUUGCACGGAGCACAGAUGGGGAGGAACUAUGGGUGUCUUUGGUGGAAAAGGCCUAUGCCAAGCUUCAUGGCUGCUAUACAUCCCUUGAAGGUGGAAGUGUGACGGAAGCCCUGGUGGAUCUCACCGGAGGAUGUGCUUACCGCCUAUCAAUGCGCGACGUUUUGUCCCAGGAGGACGCAUCCAGUGGAAGGCUGUGGUCAGAAAUAUUGGAGCAGCAUGGCAACGGGAAUCUGAUUGGCUGCUCUUUCAGCCACAAACACUGUGAUGGUAGCACCGAGCCCAAUGAAGGAAUUCUCCAACGCCAUAUCUAUUGUAUCCGAGAUGCCCGUGAGACGAGCAAGGGAUUGAAACUGGUGAAGCUUUACGACCCCUGGGGCCUGAAGGUGAGACCAGAGGAGAACAUAAAGCAACAGUCCCAAAUGUUCACAUGUCUAAUGUGGGGCGGCUGCUUGGCGGCAGACGGUAGGGGGACCACUGCAUAUGGGGCAAGGAAGGAGCCUCAGAGGCGAUUGAGAGCUUCUCGUAGCAUGGCUUGGAAAAAACUGUUCCUUAUCGGACCGAUGGAAGUGAAUGCCUGGACGGCUGGCUCCAAUGGCCCUACCGAGAUGUGCGGGGUGAUUCCCGAGAUUAACGGUGGGUACACGAGCGGCAAGUCGGGAUGGGGUAUUCUGGGUAAGGAGGAAAGGGCGAAUGCCUUGCUGAGACCUGGGUACAGCGCUCGCGACGGUUGAGUUGUGCUUGAGGUAUGGGAUAAAACCCUACCGAUAGU